CCUGUCAUGAUACGGUUACAAUGGUACAGAUCACGUGUGUGUGUGUGUGGAGAAGUAUCGACCGAGCAGAGGGAGCUGGCAGCAGCUCCACUAUAUAAGAGCAGUACACGUGAAGGAACACAGCCACAGUGUCGGUACAUUAUGGUCAAAGCGUUACCUACUGUUGUGUUAGUGUGGUCUUGUCAUUUCUGAGAAAGCUCAUGACUACGGAGAAACCCAGAUAGAUAAUAUAAUCGCUAUCUGAAUAUAGACAUUACGCUGAUGUUUGGGACAUCAAGUUGGUUUGCUUGGCACGAUUUUCGUGUUGCUUAUAUGGUGACGGCUGUUUUGUUCUUCACUAGAUCAGAUGGUCUUGGUUGCCAUUUUCCACCAAAGUGGGCUGGAAUGUGGUUUCAGAAAGGAGUUCAACCUCCGAUACGAAUAGAAGGUGACGUUUUUACAUUUAAAGGAAAAUGUAUUGAUUCUGAAAACGACAUGUUUCUUAUAGAAGACAGCCGGGAACGAUGUUAUCGUUGUGUUGGAAUAUACGAAAAGCACCACAAUGUCCUUCAAUACAGAGAAACUUACUGCGAUGAAUAUCGAACACUGAAGCAAGCGUGUUCGCGGUUAAACGUCGAUGCCCAUCUCUACUCCAUGUUCAGAGUGAAUGCAUCUGCGGUUCCUUGUCCUCUUCAUGGACCCUUCAUCUUUACAUACAGUAGAGGUCAUGGAGAAUGUAAACAUCCUAUUUCUACUAUAGAUACGUGUACUGAUGAUACCCAUAUCCUCUUCCGUUUCCAAGCAUGUGCUGAUGUCAAAGGGACCGAAAGUAGUGUGGAGGAAUUGACGUGUCUAGCCUCUUGGAAAGAAGGCUCUUAUCACUACUUGGUAGGAAAAAUGAAGCAGAGGUUACCAUACGGAUUAUACAGCGACCAUAACAAUUACAGAUGUUUCGUAUUCGAUCAUCUGAUAGAUCGUGCAGGAUAUCAAGUAUCACAGUCGGCUGAUGCUACUUGUGAUGGAUUGGUAUCGCCAAGGGAAGGAUCCCGCAUCAUGAGGCUCACUAGGAGUAAACAUCCCACUGCUGGGUGCCAGUUUCCUUCAUGGGUAACGUUACCUCAUCACUGGCACACUCUGGAUGGCAAAAAAUCUUACAUUUUCAAUCAUAAGAAUACCACUUUUCUCAUCAGGCAAGCGGACCAACCCGAUACUAAAGUUACAUGUACUGAAGAAUCAUCGAUAUCUAAUAAUUAUACUAGUGUAGUAGCGUACAGCAUGUCUGGUUGUAAUAAUGGAUAUGUGUGUAUUACCUUUCAUCGUCGAAGUAAACAUGUUAUAGAAAUACAAAUUGGAGGAUUCUCAAGACGUCCACAAGAUGCUUGUGCUCCAACUCUCCCUGACAUGUCCACAGAAUUCGUCACAUUAAUCACGAGAUCUCCGACAGCCCGCAAAUGUCCAAGAAUUGUAGAGACAAACGGACUGAGGGUCCAAGCUGGUCGAACAAGUAUUGUCAAGGCUGAUUUGUGUCGUGAAACAACUGCAGUUGUUGUCGGAUGUCGAGCACACGACACACUCGAAUUUCUAACCAUGUGCGCUUCUUUUAAAGAUGUUCAAACAUUUCAUUGCCAUGGUAAUUGGGAAGAAAAUGGAAGAAGUUACUUGAUUACUGGAUUAAAAAAUUCCAGGGCGAAAUAUUGCUUUGUAUACUCGACAAACGACAAGGUGACACAUUUAUCCGGCCUUCAUGACACAUGCCACAGAACAGUGUCACCCGGUGUCACGGGGAAUUUAACCUUUAAUAUAUCAGCCGCAGGUGACUGCGACUACCUGUUAAAAGGUGGGGCACAAGUGAGGUGGCUCUCCCUUGACGUCAUGUUCCUCGCCCUAUUACUAUAUUUCGUCCGGUGACAGGAAUCUAUCACACUCCCCGAAUCUUAAAAUUCCUCGUCCUACACGAGAAAAGAGACGGGAAAACCCAGUGCCUAAUUUAAAGAAAAAAAAAAAAACACAUAAUAAUAAAAGAUAUCGGAUCUUCAAGAUGGACUGUUUCCCUAAAGUCAAAGAGAAAAGCCGCUUAACAACGAUAUCUGCGGUGAAGUGGGCAAUACUUUAAAUGUGCGUGUGUGUGCGUGUGAUCGGGACAAGUGACUAAAAUAAGAAAAUAAAUAAAUAAAUAAAAAUAAAAAGUAAAUGAUAAAUAAAAUUCUUGUGAUGUGCGUGAAGAACCACUGUGAUUGGACCGAUUGAAUGAUAUGUGAGUACUCCUGUAGGAAAGACAAUGCCGAAAAAAUUAAAAUAAAAAAAAAAUAUUAAUUCCAGAUAUAGAGUAACUCGGCCAGCGAGUUACGCAAUUGUAUUUUAGAAAACAUUGGAUCAGACUAUCAACAGAAUUAUUCCAUUAUUUCUUCGUCCUUGGUCUGUCCGCAGCCUGUUCGUUGUUCAUGUAAAGAAUACCCAAGAAAAAAAAACAGAUAAAUGGUACUUAUUAAUGAUACUAAUAAAGAGAUUUUGUGUUUA